ACUUAUUUCUCGCGUGGUACGUUUGAUCGCGUCCAUAUUGGUUUUGAAAAUUUGAGAAAAGCCGGUAAGGUCGCCACCACAUUUUUUUCUUGUUAGCUUCUUUAGUGAAGAGAAAUUUCUAACAUUUUGUUCUCUCUGUCCAGAGAAACUUUAUAGCCAUAAAUCAUGGAUUUUAUUCGUGUCGCUGCAACGGAAAAUGAGACCGAUCCGGACUCCAUUAUUGAACUACCUGUCGAGCAAGAUGGGACCAUCAUGCUAUCAACAAUCAUCGCCCAGUUCCCCAGUGCUACCGGCCUGAAGUACCGUAACCCGCAGAGCCAGGGCAUCCGUGGAUUGCGUGUGAUUGACGAGCGUGUGUAUGCUCCGCGAUCAGAUGGCGUUUGGGAAGAUCUCAUUUACGUUGCUACUUUCCCAAAGGGAAUAGUUCUAGAGCAAUCGAUCUCAUCAGAGAACAAGAGGAAAGGUGAAGACAACCGGGAGAACCCGGUUGGCAAGACGAGAAAGAUCGAGGCCAAGACGGUAGACCUGAUUGUCCUAGGCUUAGACUACAACACUACCGAUGAAGAGAUGAAGGAGUACUUUGGAAAGUAUGGUGAACUUCUGAUGGCACACGUGAAGAGAGACCCCGUCACUCAAAAGUCCAAGGGCUUUGGGUUCAUCCGCUACAAGGACGUCGACUCCCAGGAAGGCGUGGUAGAGAAGAGGCAUAAGAUUGACCUCUCGAGUCGAUGGUGCGAGGUCAAAUACCCAAACACAGGUGGAGCAGUGCAACCCAGUCGUAAGAAGCUGUUCAUUGGAAGACUGACAUCAGACACAACCAAGGAAGAUCUCUUUGACAUCUUCAGCAAGUAUGGCGAGGUGGUCGAUGUCUUCAUCCCAAAGCCGUUCAGAGGAUUCGCCUUUGUGACAAUGAACAGCUCCAAGGAUGCUGAUGAGAUCGUGGGUGAAGACCUCAUCAUCAAGGGUAACAGUGUGUACAUCAACCGAGCCGAACCAAAGGCACGCAUGAUGGGCAAGGAAGGAGACCGUUUCUAUGGUGAUGGUGGCGGAGGAGGCGGUGGUGGAUAUGGCGGAGGAGGAGGAGGUGGAUAUGGCAAUAACAUGGACUCAUACCAUCGAGGAGGUAGCGGCGGCGGCGGUGGCUACAAUCGUGACAGGGGUGGCUUCAGGCAAGGAGGGGGUGGUGGCUAUGGGGGCGGGGGUGGAGGAGGAGGAGGAGGAGGAAGCUACGGGGGCGGAGGAUUUGGAGGAGGGCGUGACGGGGGACGGGACGGGCCCGGAGGCGGAGGCGGAGGUGGGGGCGGACACGGUCCCAUGGACAGGGGCUCUGCUGGGGGUGGAUCUGGGGCAGGUGGAGGUGGUGGAAGCGGAUCCGGUGGACAGGGUAACCUCAGCCAGAUGCAACUCAACCAGGCUGUGCUAGCAGCCGCUCUGAGCCAGGCGGGGCUUGGUAUGAUGGGUAACAUGCUGGGAGGGCUUGGGGGGCCCGGCCAGGCUGGCACGCCGGGUGGUGGUGGAUCGAGUAACAGUGGCACGGCCGGAAGUGGUAGUGGAGGAGGAGGCAGCUCAAGUGCCCAAGGACUCUCAGCGAGUGACGUCGGUUACUCGAAUCAAUCAUGGAGUGGCCAAUCCCCUCAAAGUGGAGAAACAGGGGGACAGUAUUUCACUAAGUCAACGGGUUGGUAGGUAUACCCUCCAUGGAUGUGAGUGAAGGAUUGUACAGUACGAUGAGUUUUCUCAUCGAUAAUUUUUAGUCUGAGAAUUGAUGAUGUAAAUAUUGCCCAUGUACAUGUUACCUGUCCUUAUGUCCAUGUACAUGAACAGUAUGUUGAUCCAGCAAUUUGAAAGCUCCCAUUUUUUUCCUUCUUGCCUCUUCCUUUUUAUUUUUUAAAAAUAAUGAUGGGGAUAGGGUAAAGAAUCCAGACAGACUCAACUCUGGAAUAUGAUACCUUAUGUUUUAAGGAUGUAUGUGCAUUUUGAAAACUGUAUUCUAUUUAAACGCUAAUUAGUUUUAAAUUCCCGAACCAACCUAACACUUUGUGCGCUGAGAGCCAGAAAGACAUUAAACUCCCAUACAUUUAUGUAAAGUUAAUGCCCUUAUGGCUUUAAACAAAUAAAGUGUAUGUUUAUAAGGGAGAAUCAAUUUUUCCUACCUCUCAACCUUCCAUAAGCUGAGUAUCGUUAUUGGUUAUUAAGGACUCGAC